ACAAGAAAAUAGAGGAACUGAGGAAAGACUCGAAGAGCAUCGAUUGUGGCAACCCAGUAAGGUCGAGCCAAUGGAUAUAGAGAAGCUUGCCUUAGUACAGAAGUAUCUAGAAGAUGUCCAUGAAACUCGUAGUCUGACGACUGAGGCGAGUGACAGUGCUCUGGGUACACAAGCCGCGGUAUCUGAAAUUGAAACAGAGGAAAUUAGCGAGGCAGAUAGACUUUGCUUGAAAGAUCUCAGUCGUUUGGUCACAAGUGAACUGAAUCGAAGGCUAGAGGCUGAUGAAGUUGCGAUGCAAAGAUUCUCCCGUUUUUUCGGUUUAAAAGGUGAUCCAUUCUCUUUCUCCUUCCUUCCCAUUGAAAAGUACUUUCCUGAUACAUAUGUGGGCGUGCUGAAAGAAUGCUUCGAGGUCUUGGGCUUGGCAGAUCUCGAUGAGAUUCUAGCCAAAGUGAAACCACGUGCACUUUGCCCUGCGCUGUCUCCGGAGCAAUUGGAAAAAUUGCAACUUAGUGAUCGUCGCACGAAACACUACAGCAACAUGGCAGUUAUGGUAGCCAAUUUCAGCGAGAAUAAAGAUACUGCAACAAUGAUUGAAAAAUUUUUUAAAGAUCUAAACCCAAAAAAUGAAGUACACGAUAUACAAUUUAUCAAUCUGAAAGUAAAGUAUCUAGUGCAGGAGAACAUCGGGUGGAUGGAGCACGAGCAGGUGUGUCAGAUCGCCAGGGAGAAGAAAUUGAGACACCGUUUGGAAAUCCAGCUGCCUAAAUUGAAAAAGAGGAUUGAGGGGGAAGGCCAGGAGAAGAGCAAAGUCCCGGAAGAGGGAAGCAUUCAGAGAGCAGCUUACUCUCGGCCUUAUGGUAUUAAAGCGAGGGCGAAAAUGACGGCUUCAAAGCUUGAAAGCGAAGAACGUUUCCUUACCGAACAACUUCAGCAGAGUAUGCAAGAAAUUGAGAAAUUUCGAGAAAACAUUGAAAGGAAAACUGAGUGGAUUAAAGAUAUUGAAAGGGAGAAUAGUAAUGCAAGAUCAGCCUUGUUAACAGUCAUGGACAAAUGGAUCCAAGGUCAAGGUGGAUCCACCUUCAUUGCGGUAUUUUUAAUCGGUACUAACCAUGAGGCCAAGUCUAUUUUUCAAGGAAGCCUUCAUGAAUCUAUUGAGGAGAAAUUGACAUCAAUUCCAGAUCAUGGAAAACUCGUGGUGAGCCCUGCUGAAUGGGAAAGUAUCGGUGAAAUUCCCGAAACCCUUCAUAUAGGAUUGCAAAUUCCUUACGAUUUGCGACUUGUCACGUCUUUCAUUGAAAUUUUCAAGAAGCGUUGGACUUCGUCGGACCUAAUUUCAAUGAUGAGAGAAUUUAAAAGGACUUGGCCGCAUAAUUUACAAUUGAAGGACAAUUUGUCUACUCUGCCACGGUUUUAGGAGAUAAACAUUGUUGUAUAGAUCAUGGUUUACAAUCUUUUACUGCUUAAUAUCAGUAUAGACAAAGUUAUUGCUUAAACCCCUUAUUCUGGGCGUUCAAAUGGCAAAAAGGCUGCCCUUCGUAUGACAAAUUAAUCGUUUAUACUAUUUAGCGGUAUUUUAUAUUGCUUUCCCCUUUUGUUGUAUAUGGGGAAGGUACGAUGGCUUGAGGUAGCAUAUCUUUCUGAGAAGAUUCGUCAGAACAUACAUAAAAGUAACGCAAACUCAAACUAGCUCCCUCUGCUUUUGGGUCGUAGCCCAUGGCUCAGUUCGUGCUACACAACCAGAAUGACAUGAUAAGUGUAGAGAAAUGUCAGUAGGAGAGAACAUUCGCUGUUGUGCUCUACUAAUCUUUUUGUCCUUAUGUAUUCGUCAGUCUAACGAACCUCACUUUAAGAAGCAUAACUUAACUCUGCGUAAAUACGUUGCCUACGUCCUUUUUAAAUGCAUCCUGUCAAUGACUCGUCCAUCGAACUUCUUCCUCACUGUUUUAGCUCCGCAAAUGAUGAUAGCUAACAAGCAGGGUUUCCUUCAAGAAGGGCAGUGCACUUCAACAAUAUUUUUUCUACGAGUUUCGUAGCAUCCCAAUUGCGAUAUCGCCUUAAAAAGAGAUAUGCACUAAUAAAUGGCACAAGAGAUAGUUAUCGGAUAAAACCCGUCUUUGUCAGUUUACAAGGUUAAACUUUUGAACAUUUUUGAAUAAAACAACUUAAUAGAUAAGAACAGUAUUUUGGAGACGAAAGGGCGACUUAAGUGUUCCGCCUCUUCCGUAAAUUACUAGAGUACGCACUUAACCUAGACUAAGGGGAAAAGUUUCUUUUCAUUCUACUAAUUUAUUCGUGU